ACAAAUAAUCCUCACCAACAUUGAUAAUUGGUUCAAAAUCAAUGUUAUAGACACACUUCAAGCCGUUUACAAUAACUAUCGGCUGUUGUCGAUGGUAAAAUAAGAAAUGAAUAUUUUUCACCAAGAAAAAAAACAAGCGACAAUCGCAAUAAUUGUUUUUUUUCGAAACGUCAGUAAGUUUGAUGAAAUGUCAAAGGAAUGUCUUCGUUAAAAGUGAUAAAAAAUCGUAUUCGUUCGGUGAGUAAUACGAAAAAAAUAACACAAACAAUGAGGCUUGUUUCGGCUGCGAAAUACGCUCGUGCGGAACGAGAGCUUCUAGCGGUCCGUCCAGCUGGUCAGAGUCCUCAAAGGUUUUUCGAGCUCGCAGAAAUUUUACCACCUGAAAAAAUCGAGUCUCAGCUAGUUAUAGCGCUUUCCGGUGAUCGUGGUCUUUGCGGGGCAAUUCAUUCUGGAAUUGCGAAGGCAAUCAGUGCUGUGAUGGAAAAAAAUCCCAAAACUCGGGAAUCUACGAAGCUCGUGUGCAUCGGUGAAAAAAAUCGCAUCAUUCUCUCACGAUUUUAUCCUGAAAAUAUUCUCUGGGUUGUCAACGAGGUUGGAAAAAAAUCUUUGACGUUCAUGGACGCGGGAAAAGCAGCUCACCAAAUUUUAAAAACUACGGAGGAAUUCAAGUUUUCACGUACACUUAUUUAUUAUAACAAAUUUGUGAAUGCGAGUGUUUACGCAGUAUCAACGACGGAUCUUUUCGAUCGAGAUGCAGUUCAAGCUGGAAUAAAAUUUCCCUUGUACGACGAGGUGGACGAUGACACGUUAACCUGUUGGCUUGAGUUUGGUCUCGUAACGUUAGUAUAUUGGAUGAUGAAAGAGGGCACAGCGAGUGAGCUCUCUGCCCGAAUGAUAGCGAUGGAAAAUGCUACGAAAAAUGCAUCGGAGAUGAUAAAAGAAUUGACGCUUUUGUACAAUCGCACGAGACAGGCGGUAAUAACGAAGGAACUGAUUGAAAUAAUCUCGGGAGCGAGCGCCGUCGAAAAACCGAACUGAAAUUAUUACGCUCGCUAAAUAUCAGUAUAGCCCCAUCGGAGAUUCAUCGUUGGUCAGCUUCUUCAAACGCAAGACAAAAAAAACAGAAUAUUCAUAGAUUUAAUGAGACGUGCAUCUGUUUCUAUGACUUUAUUAAAAUAUCAUUUUUAUACGCGUUCUCUUACAGGAUCGACGACGCAAUUAGUAUAUUUUAGCUUCAUUUUUUUCCAUUCUUUUUUCACGUUGAUAUCAUAUCAUCGGGAUCAAUCGUUUGAGCAUGCCUGGUCGUUAGAUAUAAUCGUGAAAUUUGGGGUGAAAAUCCCCUGGAGGCAAGUUUCAUCAGCUAAUUUUUGUUAUUGUUGGAAAAUGAAUUUUUAGCCGAAGAUAUAGCAGCUUUAAGUACGUUUGUGUGUAUACGCUUCAGGCACACUUUUUUGCUCUGUGAUGCACAUAAUGUAUAAUAAUAAAAUAAACUAAUAAUA